CCAUCCGAAAAGGACUGUCAUUGCACUUGGCUGGAUUUUGAAAAAUCGAAAGAGAAAAUUAGGAAAAAAUAGAUUUUCAUUAGCUUCUAGUUUUUAAUUUUUCUAUUGUUGCACAGUUCUAGGAAGUGAUUGGAUUACUUCGUGUGGUUUAUUGAUUAACAUGAUUUUAUUUCAAUCAGUGACGUGGAAAAAUAGGAUGGAUUAACACUUCCACUAUCUCGUGAAGAAUAGAGAGUGCUCGAAGAAAAUCGUCUGGUGGCAGCUAAUUUGCAUACGAAAUUGAAAACCAUCGAGUCUGAUAACUUUUAAGUAUUCUAAUCAAAACUAACGUCAAUUUGGCCUAAAUACAGUUAACUGCAGAGCCACCAAAAUGUGAUAUACUGCAUUAUAUCAUCGACGGGGUGGAAAUUUGCUUUUCCUUCGCAUGGAAAAUUGUCAGUGUCGCAUUCUUUGUCUUGUUCUUCUUCGUAUGGGAUAGACCGAUUGCUGCUGUUGUUGCAUACCUCACAGGCGCAGCCGGGUCCUUAGCAGCGAUAAAGGCGUAUGUGAGAGUGCGGUGGAUACGCAGAGGCUAUCAAAGUGUGAUACAAAUCAUAUCGGAAUGAUACGAAAGUGGAGCUCAUAAAACGAACAACUCCAUUGCACAAUCAUUGCCGUGGUCCGUGAGCAAGGGAUAAGCUUUCGGUAAACAUUUUUGGCACCCGUUUGUAUACUUUGCCUUAGGGAGCACGUUAUAUAACACGUUAUAGAUUAAACUUUCAACAACGAAGGCCUGGUCCUAAUCAGAGGCAGCAGUAAAUUUUUAAUCAACUUACAGAGCACCCCGGCCGAUAUGGCCAAGAAGAUUUCAUUCAAGGUGGUGUUUGCCUCAGAUGAGGAUUCUGACUACCCCGCCAGUGAACUGAACAGUCAUAGUCCUACGGUGCAUGGAUGGCGGUCGAACCCGAGCAGCCCGGUGACACCGAAGGAAAUUGUCCUUCGGUUCUUUAACCCGGCCCGGAUAACCCGAAUUCAAGUGUUGGCCCAUCAAUACUAUAUACCGGAGCGUAUCGAACUAUGGCUCCACUAUUCAAGUAAAAGUGCACCAAGUACUCCGUCCAGCCAAAGUUUCGAGUACAUGGGCUUUGUAGCUUUGUCCGAUAACUCCAGUACGAACUUCACAUCCCGGGAACUUCAAAGUGUGACUGUUACUCCAAAAGUUGGAUCUCAUCUUAAACUACGCCUUGGACCACCGUAUUCAAACAAAUACAAUGCCGACAAUCAGGUGGCUCUGCUGGCAAUCAACAUCCUCGGCGAAGAACUAACCUCCGAAGAGCUGGCUUCCAUUCAGUCCAACACUGCACUGUUGAACGCAAUGCCGGCUAACAUUGAUGUGUUAAACAGCACGCUUGCAUCGUUGUGCGAUGAUUUGUCUUAUUCUAUGUACGUAGAAGAGGGUAUUUGUGAUGUCGUUCGCAGAAUGGAAAUGCUAAAGGUUCAAGCAGUUCAAGAUGAACGCUUUGAGUAUGCAAGAAAGCUAAAGUUGUGCAUGACAGCAUUACGCACGGCAGGCGAACGACUUGGGCGAUAUGCCUUAGCGAAACGGCAAGCUGUUCAGCAGGAAGACUUCAGCACGGCUCGAUUGCGUAAGGAACAAAUAGAAAUGUACAGGAAAGCAGUAUUCGAUCAACUUCGAGUGGAAACUUUACUUCAAAGCGAUAAGAAUAUUACCAGUAAUGAUAGCUGUUCGGAGCUGUACGCUUCCAAACCGACGUUGCCUUCUCCACCUAGUCUGCAGGACGUAGCAAGUGCUUUAUCGGAAACCUGUCUGCCCGUUGUGGCGGAAGCUGUUACCAAGCAGCAAAUCCUACACGAUACGACUGAUUCUACCACUACGACCACCACCAAUUCAACAACUUCAGCAUCCAGUGGCGGAGCUACCAGUAAGCCACACGACUCCACUCCUAGCAAACACUCACACAGUCUAUCCAGACCAGAUGAUAUUCCAAACUCUCCCCUACUUAGCCAUAAGGGUCGAAGCCCGAUGCGUUCGCCAACGAAUACGGGUUCGCUGCGUCGACGAAACAAAAGCGCCCCCAGGAAUAGUUACGAAGACUACGAUGAACGAGCAAUCACUACACUAAGGCAUUCCCAUACCAACGAUUUCUUCCGGGAGUGUCAGGGGACGGCGAUGAUCGAAAACGAGUCGGGAAAAACUCGCUGCAAGCUGAACGAACGUGAAAGGCGGCAGGCAGCGCUACCGAUACUGAUCUUUGGAAUGGAGCUGGUUGAGUUGAUCUACUCGCGACAGUUUACCGACCGCGAAGAAGGUUUGGUACGGCUGCGGAGCAUUCUGAAGCGGGAAAGCGAUGAAGAUCAAUCGGCCGGACCGAACAAGAUAUGUCGAAGCGCCACGCUUUUGCUGCACCGUGGAGUUCGUGAUGCAGUGUUUUCGGUUUUUAGCCAGGCCACAGAGACGGUCCGAUCGCUGUUCAUGGAGUUUGUGCCAAAUCGUGUAUCACCGAGUGAAGUGUCUCGAUCUGUGGAUCGUCUUUUACCGGAGCUUCUAUCAAAAAGCGGGGAUCCUUCGGCCAGGGUUCAUACGCUGGCACAACACACAAUCCUUAGUAUUGCAGCGUGUCAAGAAGUGAGAGAUCAACAUCUGAUCGCUCCCGCACUGUCUAGACCGGUUGGUAAUGGAACUCAUCCACGGUUGGCGCUUAGCAGGAUGCAAAUGCUGGAACAGCUAGUGCUGAGCCAAGGUAUAUCCAGUGACAAGCAGAGUGGAUUGGCAUGUCGAACAUUAUCUGAAGCGGGGUGUUCAGGCAUUCAUCAUCCAGCGGAGUCCGUACGUAAGGUCGCCGAGCGGGUUCUUCUGUUGGUAUACAAGGUAAAUCCUAGGUUGGUAAGAAAACAACUGCCCCCGGAUGAUGAUAUUACGCGGCGGAAUCUGCUUUAUCGGCAGUUAUUUACCGAAUUUGAUAAGCUCGAUCUGCAACGUAAAAAGGAAAUGUUGGAAAGUAAACAAUUCAGCGGCCCUAACGCUUUUGGUGGAAUAAGUUCUCCGCCGAUGUCGAACAGUUCGAAGAACUCGCCACCGGUUGAGGUUCGAAAUCGAGCGUUGCGAUACGACAGUGCCGGAAGCACAGGGCGAACGAUAGUCAGUUUCUCCGACGACAAGAACUCUAAUGGGCAGUCAAAUUUCAAUUCACUGAAAUUGCAGGAUUCGCAUCUGAGUCCGGUGAGACGACCCGAUUCGGCUGGAAUCAUCAAGAGUAAGAGUGGCCACGCCAUAGGUCAUCACCAUUGGACCAGUGAGGAUAAAUGUGAAAGUUCCUACUACGAGAAGCCGAGCUGCAAUGGAAAAGAGCAAAAGUUGAGCCAACCCAAGACGAUGCUGUACGACAGUACGGUUGGAUUUCUUGGGUCGGAGAAUGGUGGCGGCUCUCGGAAGAGCUCCAACUCGGACUCGUUCGAUGGGAUAGACAAUGAGAUUCGCUGCCCGUUCUGUGAUUGGAUCUGCCAUGGGGACCCUACCCAGCUUGACAAGCACUACUGGAAGGCGUGCCCCGUGCUGACCAAAUGUCCACAGUGCAGUCAGAUAUUGGAGGUGGCCGCGCUAUCGCCGCACCUGAUAAAUGAAUGUGAGGCAAAAACUAGUUACGUUACCUGUGAACGUUGCACGGAGUCAGUGCACAAGGAUCUCUACGAGUACCAUAUGAUGGAAGAUUUCUGUCGAGAGCUUACUACUGGUGCAGCACGGUGUCCAUUAUGCCACGACGACGUUCUCCUACCGCUGGACGGAGGUUGGAAGCGACAUCUACUCAGUCGAUCAGGUUGUUUAGGAAACACAAGACGAAGAAUUAAAGUUUAGAUACCAUAAAUCAAAAUAUCUACUGUUGAAAGGAAACAUCUUCUGCAGCGUAUCGCUUUUUAGUCUGAAUGUGGCAAAUGAUCCGGGGGUGGAGCUAGUGGAUUAGGAUAUUUAAACAUCUAGAGUUGCUUUUAAAUGUCUUUUAAACAUUUUAUCAUUCUCUAAUGCUACUACCAGUCAAAGUGCAAAUAGAUAGAUCCAAAUUGAUUCAAAUCAACAGCACCAAACGAAAGCAAACUAACUAGUAGACACAUUCAAAUUUUAAAUCAAGCAACAAGUUUCUGAACUUAUUGUUCCGCUGAGAUAGCGGUUAUUAGAAGUGUAUAAAUAAAUCCAGCAGCAUUUGGCUAAUCAAGACACUAACGCAGAUGGUACCAAUUUGUUAUAUUGUAAUACACUACAGCAAAAGAAUUUAUUCGAGUUCAAUACACAUGGAACCAGAAAAUCUGAAGUCAAACUUAUGCAUACAAAAAUGACAAAUAUGGAAACAAAAACUAACAGUAGAGAAUGUUUUGUUGAAUAGAUUUUUUAACGACAAUUCGAAAUUUAGAGCAUUGAUUAGAAGUUUUCCGCAAUUAAUAAAUACAAAAAAUACAUUCAAUUGUCCGUGUCCGAUAAAUGGCAAAAUUUAUGAAUUUAUAAAAAAUCUGUCCAACCAGUAUAAAAAACCGUAAAAGUAUUUCCCGUCCUAAACCUUGAAUCAAACCGAGUAAUAAAUAAAGAGUCAUUUUUUAUUUGAAA